AUGUCACAAUUUACUUAUUCAAUCCGAAAGAAUUACAAUCAAUAUUCAUCAUCACAUUAUUCGAAUCAAUCAUUUUAUGUUUCAGAAUUAGAAAAACUAGAUCGAUUAACCAACAAAUAUCAACCAAAAAAAGUUACUGAAAAUGAACGAUACAAGAAGCUUUGUCACGAAGGUAAAUGUAGUUUAUUUGAAAUAUCAUCAUCUACGUAUAGGUAUUAUUAUAUUAAUCGUGAAGCUCCAAAUGAUAUUUUAAAUGAUUUAAUCGAUUAUGCAAUGGAAGUAACACAUUAUACAUUAGAUACAGAAGAUCAAUUACAAUCUCCACCAAAACGUUCUGAACCUGCUUUAAUUCAAAUUGAAUUUAUACAUAAAAAUGAUCCAUCUAUUUUAAUGGGAAACGGACAGUUGCUCGCAUGGACAGUUGCGCGCGGACAGUUGCGCUCGGACACUUACGCGCUAGGACUAUUGCUCGUUAGGACAUUUGAUCGUUAG